CUGGCUCGCGUCGCCUCUACUCUCCUUUCCCGACUGACGUUGGACAACAAAGAUGGCUGCAGGAACCAGCAACUACUGGGAAGAAACUACUCUCCGAAGCCACUUGGAAACCACAAAAUUUUAGGCAUUGUUACAGAAAUAAUUUCAGAGAUGUUAGAAUGUUUGUUGUCUAGCUAUCUUUGGAAUACAGGUGAAAUUUUCCACCUCCCACUGUUUCUCCCCUUCUUGACCCAUCUGAAGUUUAAAUAAGAGACACUUUGCUUUUCUGGAUCUCAGGAAACAAGCUCGACAGCUGGAAAAUGAACUUGACCUGAAACUAGUUUCCUUCAGUAAACUAUGUACAAGUUACAGUCAUAGCAGUGCCCGAGAUGGAAGACGCGACAGGUAUAGCUCUGACACAACACCCCUUUUAAAUGGAUCAAGCCAAGACAGAAUGUUUGAAACAAUGGCAAUUGAGAUUGAACAGCUUUUGGCAAGGCUUACAGGAGUAAAUGAUAAAAUGGCAGAAUAUACCAACAGUGCAGGUGUCCCAUCUUUGAAUGCAGCACUGAUGCAUACGUUACAGAGACAUAGAGAUAUAUUGCAGGAUUAUACACAUGAAUUCCAUAAAACCAAAGCAAACUUCGUGGCAAUACGGGAAAGGGAGAAUCUCAUGGGAUCAGUACGAAAGGAUAUUGAGUCAUAUAAAAGUGGGUCUGGAAUAAACAACAGAAGAACUGAACUAUUUUUGAAAGAACAUGACCACCUUCGAAACUCAGAUCGUCUGAUAGAAGAGACAAUAAGCAUUGCUAUGGCAACAAAAGAAAACAUGACUUCCCAGAGAGGAAUGUUGAAGUCGAUUCAGAGCAAAAUGAAUACUUUGGCCAAUCAUUUUCCUGCUGUGAACAGCCUGAUCCAGCGGAUCAAUCUGAGGAAGCGGCGAGACUCCCUCAUCCUGGGCGGUGUCAUUGGCGUCUGUACCAUCCUGUUGCUGCUGUAUGCUUUCCAUUGAUGGAACAUCUCCGGGGACUCUGGACAGCCACCACUUUCCCACCCUGAUCUGGAAUAAGGAAAAGUAGGAAGGAGAAGUUGAUUGUCCUGAUGAUUAGCCUCACCAGCAGGAUUAAUCCACGACUGAUAGCCCUGGACUCUGUCACGUGGUCAGAUUGAGCUGAAGCCACAGCUUUUCUGUGCUCUCUUUUCUAACACACAUUUCCUUCUGUUUUUAGUUUAAAAAAAAAAAAAAGUUUUCAGUUGCUUUUGUCCUCCCAGGAGGUAAGUAAACCAAUCAGAAACAGAGUUUCUGUGCUUCAGUAAUUGUGUUGAAGGCUGAUGACAAGCCAGGUCUUAGAGCUGGACUCCUCAGAAAACCAGGUUUCUCUGUAUCCAAAGACUGCUUUCCUUUUAGCCCCCAGAUUGGGUUGUGAAUAAAAAUAGUUCUUGUCCUUUUAUUUUACACUCAUGAUGAGAAAUCACAAGUCAUUUCUUGAUAAGCUGUGCUAUAAAUUUCUACUCUGCAUCCCUGUUUUGGUAUUCAAGGAAAAUUACAUUUUUCACAGAUUCUUUGAGAUGCCAACAGGUCAACUUCAACACAGUUGAGGUUGUCUGAAACAGAAGACAAACACUGCAAAAAACCUUUUUUUUUCCUUCUUCUUUUUGUAAAUUGUAUGCACACUAGGGUUGACUGUAUUACUGGAAAAGCAUCAAGAAUAACAGGCUUUUUUUGUCAGUCAUUGUUUUGAUUUUUUGUUUAUAUCUUCCAUUGGAUUAAUAUUUCCUACUACAAGUAAAUGAAAUUUCGGUUCUACCAUGAUAAAAGUAACUAAUAGCCAGUGUCUGUCAUUGCCCCCACCAAUUCCUCAUCAUGUCAGGAUUAACCCUGAAUGAGGGGACUGCUCAGUUUUCAGUGAGAUCUAUUCAACAAGUCACAUGUAAAAAGACAUUGAUUUGCGGGGUCACCAUCCAGAUAAUUCCAUUUAUAAAUGCUCCAUGAUCUAGGAGCAAAAGUUUGAGAACUACUGCCUGAUGUAUUAGGAAUUCUGAGUUUUACGAAGAUCUAUUUACUCCAAAUCUGUUUUUUUCCAAACAUCCAGAGAAUGGUUUUACUGUUGAAGGUGCAUGUGACAGAAUCUCUCUCUGCACCUGUCUUCUAUCAUCUGGACAGUGACAAAAUUUUAAACUACCCACCAGAAUUCUUUUCAGGUUUAACCAUUUCUCCGUUUCUGUAAAUGUAUGACUUGUCUAACUGAACUACCACAAAUAGCUUGAAGACUUCAACAUCUGCACUCCUCACCAAGUAAGAAGGUCGCUCUUCACCAUUGGAAUUGACUCUGGUACUUACAGUAUUGGCUUCAGACUGUGCCACAGGGAAUAAAAUGCUAUUAGCAUGUAGUUCUUAACUGCAUUACAGUGUGUAGGUGAUGACAUUCAGAUGAACUUAAUACACAGGCUGAUGGCUAUGCUAACCGCUGGUCUGGUACAGAAACUGAGAGGUUUUUUCUUCUGGUGUCUAAGUUUUAUUAUGCCCUGGGUAUGAAAGGCAUUUGAUACCUUUUUUUCUUAACUAUGGGGUUUAUUUUUCUAAAUAUGGGUUGAUCGAUCAGUUACUUGAUUGGGGAUGCCCUUAAAAGAAAGUAAGUUUUCCCAACGUGACCCUUAAAGGAUUAGAGAAGUUCAUUUAUUAAAUUCUCUGUUGGGAGAACAAAACUUCUCUCCCCUGACACUUUAUUAUUAUCUUUGAUUUUUCAAAGGGCCUUGAUUGGUGGUUGUGCCUCAGCUAGAAUCUAUGGGACUUUCGUUGCUGUAUGGUUGGCAUUUAUAAAAUCUGAAGUAUCAUAAAUAAAGUUAUUUAUUUAAUUAUACUACCAGUGUUUUUUACUGGUCUGAUUAUUUGGUACAGUCAUUAAAGCUGAUUGUGUGAGAGUAAACUGAGGACCUGAGCUAAUUUAGCUUGCUGCACUAAGCAAACACAUACUUUUGAUGGGUGAUGAGCCUUUCAGUUAGGGUUAUGCUUAAAUGAAGUAAUAGAAUUAUGUUGGUUAUUUUCUUUAUGAAAAGAAACUAGUUCUUCCAAGGAAGUUGAAAAGGCUUGGUGUAGAUGUUGGUGUCAGGUAGGUCUGUCUGACUAACCGCCCAGGGCUGCAGCCCAUAGUGAGGUGACCCAGGGCAAAUGUAGAUAGCUAGGACAGGGCUCAUCCUCUCCUCUUACAGUUCCUUCAUUCGCAGAAACAAGCCCUGGAAUAAGGAAAUAGAAGUAUGCCAUUUACAGGAAGAGGAUUUGAAUCCCAUGAUAGCUGAUUUGAACUCUUUCAGUUUCGUGCCAUUCAACUUUUUUUUUUUUUUUUUUUUAAACCAUCCUGGUUUCCUCCCCUUUCCUUCUGCCCUUACAGACCUGCUGCUAGGCUCAGGGGCCAACUGUAAGUUGCUAUUUAAAGCUGGGAGGUCAGAAGGAAGUUGCCUCUUAGGGGAAAUUAUUCUCCCUCAGCCAUUUUCUUAUAUAAUAAUGGCUCUUUCCUUUGGGAUCAUUUUAGUAACUAUUCAGAACUAUCUUUUUCACUAAGAGGUAUGAAAAACCGUGGCAACACAAAGGACAAAAUUCCCAAAAAUAUACUUCUGAGAUUUUGUUUUAAUGUGUGCUGAUAACUUUAGUUAAAAAUAUUUAAUUGACUAAAUUCAAACCCAGAUCUCCCAAGUUCUUCAGUUGAUCUGUCCUGGCUCUCUCUAUGUUCUUCUUAGUGUUUUAAGGAUGCUGAAGGAUUCCCUGUAACCUGCAUUGCUCACCCUUUAUUUUUCUAGUGUUAGAAAAGGGCUUUCCUUCUUCGCUAUUCCUCUCUCCUUUGUACCAAAAUUCACUUGUAUAGAGAAUGCCUUUUUCCCUACUGCAGAUCAGGCAUGGAAGUAAAAUCCUAAGAAUUGAGACAAGUGAAGAGAGGAGACAUCACGCGGGCACUUUUUAUACCUGAAACCAAAUAAUAUUUACUUUAAUUCUUUCCUACUGGAUGCUGAAUACAUCUGACUAGGAAAAUGUACUUACUGAGCCUUUUGAUGUCAUGACAUUUGGCCUCUAUGGAACUGAGGCACCUUGGACUUGCAUUCCCACCAUUGAUUUCCUAUUUCACUGUUGUUAAUCUCAACCUGAUGAAAAGGACUUUAAAGAACUGGACUAACCUUUCUGGUUUUCUAAUACCUCAUGUUUGAUCAUUAGCCAGAUAUGAUUUCUUAGAAAUUGACCCAGUUCUCUAACUUGCUGUGGAGGAUAAAUGGCCAUGUCUAGGAUGAUACCAAAGUCUGUGGCAAAUGUAACUAACGCACAAAUGGAUUCCACUCAGAAAAGUAAAAUGAUUGCGCUCCAUUCUCCUUUUGGGUCAGAGAUUAUUUAGCCUGGUCUCUACUCAGAUGCAGGGCUUUUCAUCAUGGUCUUUAUAAACCAAGCUUGUCAUUCUUUUAUAAACCUGCAUAUCCUUAAGCUUCUCUGGGAAAAGAAAAUAAGGAAGGACUAAGUGACUGAGGGAUGUUUAUUGGAUAAAAAGCUGAGACAAAGCUGAGCCAUGUCUUGAGGGAUCUUAAUCAAUUCCAGUCACACUUUACCAUGAUGAAAGAUGUUUCCUCAUGAAAAAUGCCAAUACAGAUUUUUAAAAAUCUAUUCCAAAUGCACUUUCUUAUGUUUUUGCUUUUAAAAUAGCUUCUUGGAACCAGAUUUAUUGUAUUUGUACUUAAUUUUUGUUCUCAUCUAAAUGUGCAUUUUCUGACUGUAUAGGAGAAGCUUUGUUAUGUAAUUUAAUAAUAAAUUAGAAAUCUAAA